GCUAGAGAUUGGGAGAAGGGAAAAACGACGGUGUCGUAGCCUCGGUUUUACCGCCGCAUUCUCCGAACGUUCGUCCCUUCGUACGCCAGCCAGCCAGACGGACGAGCGCACGUCCUGCCGCGCGCAUAUCCGUAUAUCGGUCGGUGUUCGUUUCGCGUGUUCGUUUCUCGUGUUCAACGGGGUUCGCCCUCGGGUGAGAGGAGAGAGGCCAGGAGAGGCGAGUUGCACGCGUUUAUUAUUACGCCGACGACGACGACGACGACGACGGCGACGGCGACGGCGACGGCCAUUGUGCUCCGCUACCUUUCCCGGUGCGCGCGGGACGUACACAGUGGAAGAUACACACGGGGUAUAUAGAUAGUAUCGUAUUCUCCUUCGCGAGUGUUCCCGCCCUUUCGAACAGACCGUAGACUCGACGCGUAGACGAGAAUCGGAGCGUCCGAUCGGGCGUCGCUUCGGCCUCUCGUUGGUCCGGUCCUCUCGCGGCUCAUGUGCCCGCGAGCCGUGGUGACGGAGCGCGCGCGAGACGAGAGGCAAUUGACGUUAUCGUCGUCGUUAUUUCGAGCGGCGGUUAUUUCUCGGACGAGCAGUGCGCCGGAGGCUCGUAGUUUGCACGGUCGGAAUCGAUCCUCGCUUCGCAGAAGCGUGGCAGAGUGAUCCGAGCGGAAGAGGCGAGAGAGAGAGAGAGAGAGAGAGAGAGAGAGAGAGAGUCGUCUUGCGGCGAGCGAGAAGGGAAGGAAGUAGAGCGAGGUAUUCUGGACCGACGCGGGAGAGCGAGAGAGAUAGGGAAAAAGCGGCCGGGAUAAUUGAACGGUGGAUGUGAAGCUUGAAGCGAUGGAACGACGUAGAGUCGACGACGACGAUCGUAGUAUCCGUCAUCAGCGAGCGGGCAGCGGCGGUUCCUUCGGCGGCAAGAUGAUGGGCAAGCGAACGCAGUGUUACCUGUGCGACCUGCCCAGAAUGCCCUGGGCGAUGAUAAUGGACUUUUCGGAGCCGGUGUGCCGCGGCUGCGUCAACUACGAGGGCGCCGACCGCAUCGACCUCGUGCUCGAGUCGGCCAAGCAGCUCAAGAAGGCGUACGGCUUCCAGGACGCCAGGCCGUCCGCCUCCAAGACCUAUCGCACCGCCGCCGGUCACACGGAGCACAACGGCGGGACCAAUCUCGACGUCCUGCCGAUCCAGAACACCGGCCAGACCCACUCGCGUCACCACAACAUCGCCGGCUACUCGCAGCUGCACCACCGGAACUCCAUCACCGAGUUCAACUCCGGGACGGCCGCGGCCGCGGCCCAGCAGCAGAUCGGCCGUCAACACGGCGCCGAGGAGGCCGGCCACGAGAUGGCCAACGGCAUGAGGAGCAACAACGUGCGUCUGCCCAACGCCCAUCUGGUCGCGCAUCACGUGAACCUCAGCCACAAUCGCGGCAUCACCCAGCUCAAGCGCGGCAUCUCCGCCAUCGACGAGGACGAGCACACCGAGAAGAGGCUGUCGCUGGAGGAGCAGCACCCGGUUAGGCCGCCAUUGACGCGCGGCGACUCCCUGCCGGCCGUCAGCCUCGCCGUCAGCUACGUCCAGGACAGGAACAAGGAGAAGCACCCGGUGAGAGCGCCCAGUUUCGAGACGGCCACCACCUUCAAGGCCAACGGUGAGUCCUUCCCCUGCUUCUGGGACGCGCUCGCGUUCAGACGCGCAACGAUCGAUGACGGGGCAUAUGUUGGACCGUCCAUACCGUUGGCACCUGCCAAUGUCGCGGCUAAUGGUGGAGGAUCGCCUCUUCGUCCAAGAACGAGUCCUCCACCACCGCCACCGCCGACGCAGGAAAGUGCCAACGAUAAUUCACAAUCGAAUCAUCAUCAGACUUCGGCGAACGGACCGUCACCGAUGGCCGCUUUAAUGUCAGUCGCUGAUAAUCUGACAUCACCGGAGCCUGUGCCACAGCCACCGAACAAUCCCAGUCCCACCAACAGAAGUCCGCCGACGACAGCCGCAACUGCUCAACAACAACGCAGCGCUUCUAGGGGCUCUCAGCACAGCCCGAAUAGUACAGACAGUUAUGGCUCCACAGGCAGACGGUCCAGUAGUUCAAGGCAGGUGUCCUCGACAACUGUGACGACAUCUUCCGAGGGCGCGGUUGCUCAAGCUGCCGGCGCUGAACCGGUCUCGGCACCGACUCUGAAAUGCACGCUAUGUCAGGAACGUCUGGAGGACACGCAUUUUGUUCAAUGUCCCAGUGUGCCGCACCACAAGUUUUGCUUCCCGUGCAGUCGGGACAGCAUAAAGAGACAGGGUGCUGGCUCGGAGGUUUAUUGUCCGAGUGGCGAGAAAUGCCCGCUGGCGAACAGCCAAGUUCCGUGGGCCUUUAUGCAGGGCGAGAUAGCCACUAUCUUGGGCGAGGAUACCGCGAGCACCGGGCUCAAGGUUAAGAAGGAGAGGGAAACUUAAAGAUCCUCUUUCAAUGUCGAUUCAGGGCUCAAAUUUUCUGUCCCUCUGUAUUCAGAGAGGCUAUUAUGGUUGGAACCAUGAAGGGUUUCGCCAAACGCUUUUGGUAACGGUGAUAAAGAGUCGUUGGCGAUAAUCGGAGGAAGCCAACGAACGACUCGAGCCAAAGACGUUGUCUGGUGCAGAUUCUCAAGUUGUUAAUGUCAUCGAUUAGAGAUGGGAGGGAGGGGGGAGGGGGGGGAAGUGGACGAUUCGGUUUUGUUUGAAGUCGGCUUAACGACACGUCUUGACUUGAUAUGAUCGAUACCGUACGGUAUUUAUCGAUUGGUUUUGAGAAGAAGUCUUUGGCAAAUUGUAUGCUGGCAAUCGAUUGUUUUGCUGCACAUGUAAAUACGGAUUUCGUAGAGAGCGGUUAAUUAACGCGAUGGGAGCAGCGUUUUAUUUUUUCUCGAAUUUUCAGAGGAGAGAAGCACACGUGGUUGAAAUCGCGACGGUAGUAACGAUGAUGAUGAUGAUAAUGAUGAUGAUGCUGAUGAUGAUGAUUUGUUGCCCGGUUUGGGUUUGUACUUAUAGGCUCGAUACGCCUUUCUUCAUUGUCUCUUGUAAUCGCGGACGUAAUCGCUCGCGUUCUUUCACACAAUACACGUACACUUACGUACAGACAUAUGUAUGUACAAAUACAUACACACACACGCAGACAAAAUACCCUCACACACAUAUACACACACACUUCGAGAUAAAAUCGUCGACUCGGUACUGCGUAACGCACGCGCGGUUCGUAUUGUACUUUAUUUUUUUCGCGCGUGUCCGUUUAAGAUGGUCGUAAUUUUAAUUAAUGACUAACGCGAGAGAGAUAGCAUCGCCCCCGCGGCGAUCGCCGUCUUUUUUCUAUUUUUCUUUUUUUGUUUGUAUACUCUUUCUACCCUAUACUUCGCUCGUUGUAUUAUAUAAUAAAAACACAUUAUGGCGGACAUUCUCGGACCCAGCGCACGGGUUUUCUGUACAUUGUGUAUAUGUGUACAUACCUACAUUAUAUUAAUAAAGCGUAUAACUAAAAAAAAAUUUUUAACGAUUUUUAAGUGUACAAAAGUCUAUAAUAUUCGUUUUUGCGUUCUGUGUCUUCUUAAAUUAUUAUUAUCCUUCUCGUUCGCAUCUCUUCUUUCACUCUUUCCUUUUCUUUGUUCCCGCGAACCAAGUUGUACGCUGACAUUUCUCCGAAAGACUUUUUUUUUUUUUUUAUGUGUGUAGAGACACGCGACGCGUUUUCCUUCUCUAUUCUCGGUUUCUCGCUCGCGAGGGCACACGACGUUGCGUUUUAUUCGCGUUCUUUGUAAUCGCGCUCGUCCGGUCUUUCGAGGCGGGGAGGGAGGGAGGGAGGGAAAGGGGGAGAGAAAAAAAAUAGGAAAGUCACGCGAAGACACGUGAGCAUGUCGCGCUAUCCAGUCACUCGUAAAAAAAAAAAAAAAAAAUGCGAAUUAUAUAAUAUAAUGUUCGACUAUGCAACGUCCACUUUCGCCUUUAGUUUAUGCGCUAGACCUUUAGUCGAGGGCAUUUUGUUUUUCAUUUUCACCGAUGAAAAAGGCACGCCCGUCAAAAUAGGAACCACAUACUCGCUAUGUCUAAAAGAUAAAAAAAGGUGAAAGGAGAAAAAGGCAGGCAGGCAGAGACACUCGCUAGACGCGCCCGAGCGGGAUCUUUUUGCGCGCGACGAUCGUACGAUCCCCUCGCGGAAAGGGGGACCCGUUCCCGGGCACGCGGGCGUAUAUCCUUUUGUAUAUAUUUGUACAAAAACAGAUCGGCACACGGUGAAAGGAGAGCGGUUGUCGGAACUUGUCGCGGGGGAAAAAUAGAAAAAUAAAAAAGAGAGAACGUGUACACACAUCACAGACAUACCCACACAUAUACAUGCACACACACACUGUCGCGCCUCGUGUUACGGGACGAAUUCCACCGAGGGUUCGAGAUACCGCUUUCUCGGCGAUGGUACGCUCUCUCGAUUUAGCGGCGACGAGUGGUGAUAUUUCGGGGUGACGUCUCGCACGGUUAGCGCGAUAUCCGCUUAAAGCGCGUCCAGACUUGUAACGUUAUCGUUAUAUCACAUUGUUAUGUCACAUGCCGUAGAGUUACCGAUGACAUUUAUUUGUCGCGAUUUGUUGCCGUAAUACACACAUCAUUUAAACUGCGAGCGAAAAGAAUAAAAAGAGUUAUAGAUACACAUUUUAUCCUUUUACGUGUUAAAUUAUAUAAAAAAUUCUCUCUUGUACGCGGUAACGUUACGAGUUUAACGACGCUUUUGGUUUGCGCGGGAAAAUGACAAUGUAUGUCCGAUAAUAAUACACUUAUUACAAUUGAUACUCUCUGUCGAGUCCCAGCCGGAAGGACGAUUUUUCCUUCGACUCGGUGGGACUCGCGAACAGAAAUAUGCAUCUUACGACAGGAACAUCUUUCUCCGCUGACACGUCUCUGUUUUUCUCGCACGUGCGGCCGCGUGAACUCCUUUUAACUCCUUUUAACUAAAUCCGUAACAAACAUUUAUGUACCGUAAACGAGAGAGCGUCUCUCGCCGCGAGAGGCUUGGUUGGUCGUCGCAUCUUGAUCGUCCCUCUGCGUCAAUUUUUUCCUAGAAUAAUUUUUCGAGCGAGAAUCUUGUUGCAUUAUUAUUUCGUGCUUGCUCGAUCUUUUUCAGGAUCUCGUCCUCGUAACGGCGUUUCGUUGUACGAAUUUCUCAAUUCAAAUUUUUUUGCCGAUUACGAAGAAUUUUCGAGUUUGCUUGAUGUGGUUCUCUUUGUCCUGUUUUCAUUAUUAUUGUUAUUUACUGUACUUGUAUUGCUGAUGUCGUCGAUCAAUCGGGAACGAAUGAAAUUGGAAUGCACAAGAGCAACAUCGCGCGAGAUGGGAUAACGAAAAGGCUGCGAAUAACUUGUAAUACUCGUUCGUUCACAAAUUUGUCCGAUUUCGUUGUCGACGACCAAGCCCAAGCCGCACUUCCGGUUUUCUUUGUCGAUGAGGCGCCCAGUCCCCCGAGAGGGUCGAGAGCGAAAGAAACGAGGAAACUCUCACGUCUUUACCGUAAUUUCGUUCCGUUUGUCUCUCUUUUCGUCUCCUUUUCUUUCUUUUUUUUUUUUUUUUUUUUUUUUAAAUGACUCGUAUAGCUACGCAGAUACACAAAAAAUCGAAGAGAUAUGACGAAACAAUACGUCGAAUAGCAAUUGUAGUAGUGGAUAAUGAAAAUUUUCUAGUAUACCGUACCUCGAGGAACGUGUAACAUUGUACUGUUUAUCGUAUGUAUGCAACAAGCAAAAGCAAAAUAUAUGUGUUGAUGUGACAGAA